UGGAGUCAGAGAGCAGAGGGGGCAGCUAAUGUGUAACUUAGGUUAGGCAAUCAGGGGGGUAAAAUAGGAGCACAAAUUGUCACUUGGAGUCAGAUCCUGAGCGCAGGAAACGGCAGAAGAUCCACUUCACAAGACAACAUCACUGAAGUUGCAGUCCAACAUGAACCCAGGAGUGCAUUUGUUGUGCUUCCUUCUCUGCAUCACCAUUGUGGGCUGUGACCGGGUCUAUGUCCACCCAUUCUAUCUGUUUGAUGUAGGAAACCUAACUGGUUGCAAGAAGGUGGAAGACAGGGAACAGCAGGUGAAUAAUUUUGUCCCCGUCUCAAAUUUAUCUCACAUCAGUUCGGCACAUGAGGAGGGUGUCAGAAACAAGAGCGAGGAAAGAAGUCAUUUGCGGAGAGAGCUGAGAGACCCAAUUUAUAUUAUUGGUGCACGCUUCUAUGAACAACUGAGGAAAAUGCACAAGGAAGAAAAUAUUCUUCUGUCCCCCGCAUUCAGCUACGAGUCCUUGCUAGCCUUCUAUAUAGGGGCCUCUGGUGAAACAGCAAAGGAACUGCAGAUUUUUUUAGGAUUUGACUCCUCAUCUCUUAAUCCAAACUGCACCUACAGAAUUGAUGGGCGCAAAGUAUUCUCUGUUCUGAGCACCAUUGCUAAAAGUCCAUUUCACUCAAAAGAAGAUGAUCAGCUGUUCUUCUCGAAGUUCUCCUUGCUUUUCUCUGCCUCCGAAAUCCGUUUAUCCGAUUCCUUUGUCAGUGAUUUAGCCUUUCCAAAUAUGAAUUUCUUCGUACAAGCUGUGGACUUUACAAACCCCACAAAGGCAGCGGAAGAAAUGAAUGCUUUUGUUGAAGGCAAAAGCACCCACCAAAUUAAGGGUUUGCUGGCAGACAUUGAUCCAGAAACUAACCUCCUGUUAGCAACUUAUACUCAUUUCAAAGUCUCUGUGAAGGGAGCCUCCCUACUGAAAGAACCUCAGGAAUUCUGGCUCAGUUCACACCAAACAAUCCCUGUACCAAUGAUGAGAAUAACUGGAACCUUUCUGCAUAAAUGUGAUCCCAGCCAGAACAUUUCUUCCGUCAAAAUUCCUCUCAGCCAGGAUUUAUUUCUGCUGCUUUUGCAGCCCACCAAUAACAGUGACCUGGCCAGUGUUGAAAAUCAAUAUUCCAUGAAGGCUCUUUCCAACGAAUGGCUGGUGGGACUGUCCCCAAGACAAAUCCAGCUGACUUUGCCAAAGGUGUGCUUGGAAAGCACAUAUGAUAUACAGGAACUCCUUGGCAAAAUGCCCCUGUCUUACCUGCUUGGAAAUAAAGCCAACCUCACAAGACUAAGUGACAACAACAUAACUGUUGGGAAGAUCAUAAACCAGCAGCUUUUGGAGCUCAGUCCCAGGACAGCCGAUGAAGCAACAGACCCCACAGAAGGAAGUCAAGACACCGAGGCACUCAAAAUAACACUGGACAAGCCAUUUUUGCUAGCAGUGUAUGAAAUGUCAGGCGCACAGCUUUAUUUUGGCAGAAUAACAAAUCCCUUGAAAGGAACAUAAACUUCCAUCGGGGGGUGGGGUGGGCUGGCUUUCCAGACUUCAUUUGAUCUUAUCCUUGCUUUGCAACUAUUUUUAUAAUCCCACCAAGUCCUAAUUAGAGAUUUUGAAAUGGCAAAACUGAUGUAUCUUUCGAUUAUAAUAUUGAUAAAAUUAAUCAAUAGCAUAUAGCAACAUCUUUACUUCAUUAAGGGGAUAGCGUGAGGGUAGAUCUGUUUACACCAACAUCUAGGGUGCCACACUAAUGCCAUAAUAUUGUACUUGUCUUGUUGCAUGUAACUGCUCGGUAAGCCGGUCAUCUGUACUAUUCUGCCAAGAAAAGUUCAACAUACUUUUGUACCCGAUUAUUAAGAAUUGUUGUUUGGAUUUUUUAAAGGGAGCAUAAAGAAUAGUUUUCUAUUCUUUGCAGCACUUUUCUUUUUCAUAAUUUCCUGUUCACUUAUCAAGAUUCAGCCCCUAUUGUAGAUGCUAUUUAAUCUCAACAUUUACAGUAGUAAGCCAGGUUUUCCUUUUUUAUUAUAUCCCCCCCCUCCCUAAAUCCUCUAGGUUCUCACCAUAAUUAUAUUACAGUGGUACCUCUACUUACAAAUAACUCUACUUACGAAUUUUUCUACUUACAAAUAGAGCUCCGUCCGCCAUCUUGGAUGAAGUCUAGAUAGGAUUUUUUCUACUUAUGAAUUUUUAGAUAGGGUUGCUUCGACUUAUGAAUUUUUUCUCCCAAUGCAUUCCUAUGGGAUUCGACUUACAAAUUUUUUCGACUUACAAAUGUGUGUUCGGAACGCAUUAAAUUCGUAAGAAGAGGUACCACUGUAGAUGUAUAUCAUAUUGCAGGUUUAAUUUGCAUGCUGGCUUCUCACCUGAGACACCAAAGCAGCUCCAGAGCGCUCUCUCUCUCUAUAUAUAUAUAUAUUCUGAUUAUCAAGCAAUAUUGAAUCAAAAGGUUGGAAAAGUAGAUACUGCUAGAAGGUAACACAGGUAAGGAAUGAAAAUAGAAGUACUGGUUGAUAUCAGUAGCCUAUAUUUUGCUAGUUCUUCAUCACCUGCACUAGCUUCCAGCCCAUUUUGGAGAUCAAUUGGUUGUGACCUAUAAAGCCUUGAACAUCUUGGGGAUAGCUUACCUGAAGAAUUACCUCUUCCCCUACAACCUGCCCAGUUUUUCACCAGAGACCCUUUUCUAGGUUUCCCACCUUGUGAGGUAAUGCCCCCUCUUUACCCUGGCCUUUGAUAACUGAUAAGUAUUUUGCCAGGACCCACUCUGUUCCUGUGAAUAAUUUGCUUUAAACUGUUUUUUUUUAAUACUGAAAGGGUGGGGAAUAAAUUGAAUACAUAAUAAUGGCAACAAGAGUCUUUUUUGGGGGGAUUAGGGUGUCUCUGUUACUUCUCUUCAGCCUUUCAGUUGCUUUUGAUACGAUCACCCCUGGUAUCCUUUCCAAGUGACUUACGAAGUAAGGGGUGGGGGGCACCACUUUGCGGUGGUUCUGGUCAUAUUUGGAUGUUAGUUUCCUGAAGGUGAUGCCUGGGGAAUCGUGAGGAUUCAAUGGGGAGUUCCUCAGGGCUCAAUUUUAUCCCCUGUGCUAUUUAACAUGUACAUGAAACA